AGGAAGUUGGUAACGGGCCGCGGACAUGCGGCGCGGCGGGGAGGGGGAGGAGGACGGGGAGGAGGACGGCGGCCCCGAGAGCGCGCUGCAGAAGAGCCCCUUCCAGCUGACGGCUGAGGAUGUCUACGACAUCUCCUCCGCGGUGGGCCGGGACCUCCUGCAGCUCAGCGCCGGCACCGAGGCGCCCGCCGCCGCCGCACGGCUGCAGUUCAGCAUGGUGCGGGUGCUGGAGAUGCUGGAGGCGCUGGUGAGCGAAGGCAGCCUGAACGAGGAGCAGCUGAGGAUGGAGCGGGACAGCCUGCGGGACGAGCUGGAGGCGCUGCGGGGGCGCGGGGCGGCGGGGAGCGGCCAGCAGCCCAACUUGGGACCAGAUAAAAUGGUGAUAGACCUCACAGAUCCAAAUCGGCCUCGGUUCACAUUACAGGAGCUGCGAGAUGUGUUGCAGGAACGUAACCAGUUGAAAGCUCAACUUCUCGUGGUGCAAGAGGAGCUGCAGUGCUACAAAAGUGGGAUCAUCUCACAGAGAAAGGAUGAGACUAAAGAACUGGAGAAGGAACCCCGUGGCAGCAGAAAGGACAGCAGUGAGAAGACAAUCGUCAAACGGCUGUUCUCUUUUAAACACGGAAAAUGAACAUUCUUGAAAACUUGCCACUUCUGUUCAGAAAUGGCCCCAGUUGAAAGCAUCUGAAGGAGCAAGGAGUCAAGAACUGGAGAACAAAGCAUCACUCUUAGUGGUAGAGAAUAAGCAGUCUCAGAACAAUUGUUGUACAAUAUUCUUUCAGAAUAGGCUUUACUUUGCUUUUUUAGCAACCGUUUAACAUAUGUACACUUGCAUUGUUGGAUUCCUUUCAGACAUUACUUGUGGAAAAAAAAUGUUUAUAUAUAAAGGUUUUGUUUGUUCUUAUUAAGAGAACCUAUGAUGGAACUGUACUCCUGUACAUUGACCUUGUGUACAUCCUGGAGUAAUCAGCUCAAAGUGAUUUUAAGAUUAAGAUGUGUUAUUUUUUUAAAAGAUAUGUGACAUCCACGUGCCUUCACAGUGAAGUGCUGGGAAAGAAUUCCAGCUGACCCCUCACUGAUAUGACAUGAAAAGUAAUUCCCCAUCUUAUUAUUAACCAAGUGCUUGAAAAAAGCCCCCACAGUGCUUGUGCUCUUUCUUUGCAUUAACUGGGCAUUCACAGGAGUGGACUUUUAGGGUAGGGAUGGAAGAAACUAGCACAGCAAAGGAAGAAAAGCUGUUGCAUCACACUCUGAUCGCAUCAAGGAUGGGUAUUAUUUCAGAGGUGCAAACAAGCUUCAACUGGAAUAGAUGCAUCAAACAUUUUAGUUUCAACAAAGGGCUUUCUGGGCUAGACAGUUGUCUUUUUCACAAGCUUUUUUCCCCUCUAAUUAGCAGAUACAAGCUGUUGUUGCUUAAGUUAAUACACAUUUGUCACUAGUAGAAUCAUAUAGGGCAAACAAUAGAAGAAAAGCUUCAAAAUACCAGUUAAAAUUUCACAUUUAGAAAAGCAGAAUUUCAAGAGCAGUAGAGUGUGAGCAGACAUAAAAAGAGCAGUGACAGGAAUCAAGCUAUGAUCUGACACUCCUUAGAAGUGAAAGCAAGAUCUGAAGUCUUUUGAUUCCCUCCCGCAUGCGAACAACAUGAAAGGUGCAGGGCACCUCACACAUCAGCUCAAGCACAAAGCAGAUGAGUCUUUGCAGAUGACAGACACUGCAGUUUCCUUUCAGACAGAAUUUAUUAGCAACUGUACACCAGCGAGACAGAUGUCUGGCCUAGGUAGACUGGUUCACAGUUAGUGUAGCCAUUGCACAGAACUCGAAUUUUACCAUCUCUGACACACUAAUGAGGCUUGUUCAUGUAUCAGAGACAUUUUCUAGAACAGAGUAGUAAGGAAGGAAUUCAAUGCAUCUUCUGGAGAGAGUUUAUGUUUAGGGGGGAAAAAAAAACUGCAUCAGCAACAGCCAGGACACAUCUCUGAAAGAUGUUUGCACGUGCUCUGAACGGCCUCUUCCUGUGUGGUUCAUCCUAAGAUGUAUUUUACAGUCUCACAGAGGGGAGGCAAAUUACACCUAAAACCACAGUUCUCAGUUCUACCAUACCUUAAGGAAACAGCUUCAAGUAACAACAAAGCGCACAGAUCAAGUAGAUGCAUGUAAGUGUACCAGCUUGCCAAGGAGGUACAGAGACUGUAGCACAGCCCAGGACCACUCCUCAUUGGCAGGUAGGAGAGGAAACAGUGAAUGCUGCAAUUGUUCUUUUCAAGUUACCACUGGCUACGUUCUUCAGUGAAAACAAGAAGCAGGAGUUCACCAGUUAAUGUAGACAGGAGACCACCACAACCUUUUGGGGCUAUUCUUUUUCUGGCACUAAAGUUGCAUGCAAUCGGGUGUGGAGAAGAGAAGCACAGCUUCUCUCACAGAAGGGAAGCAAACUAUGGCCACAAUAGAAGAGCCUAGGGUCUGUUAGAGCAACUAUGCUGCCUUCAGCAAAGACAAGCAAAGAAGUUUAACUCCCAAGCCCAGGGCACCUUUCCCUGCUAAGUGCUUUACAUCUCGUUAGAAGAUGAAUCUCCUGUAAGGCACGAGGAUAAAAAUCAUAGCUUCAUGUUCCUCUGAGAAGUAUUAUAGACACAAGCAUAUACAUACACACACACACACACUGCUCCUACCAAAGCAAAAGACACCCUCAGUGCAACAUCAGCUUUAUUACUAUCUUCUGAUGCAGUGCUACUUGAUUACCAGUUAAGCAUUUCAGAAGACAAUUUUUAUGUAAAAUAGGGAGAUUGUCCCUCCUUGUUAUUUACAGAAGUGACACCAAAGCACAGAGAUGUUAAGCUAUUUAAUCUGAUAGAGAACAAGCAAAUUCUUAAACAAAGAACAAGAGGAAGCAUUUGAUUCCAAUUUUGACUGAAGGGAAGCACUCUAGUACAACAGAUGCUACAGCAAUGUACGGUAGUAUCCUGUUCUUGAUACCAGAGAGAAAUCACUGCCAACUAAAACAAGACAGUGAAAGAAGCUUACCUGGAACUCCUAACAAGGUAACAGAUCUCCAGUUAAUUCAGAAAUUGUGAAAAUACAAAGGCUCUCUCUGCUGAGCUGGCCUGGUGCUAAAUGCUAAAUAACAUCAAGCAGUUAAUGGCUAAUGAUUUUCACAGCUUUCUUUCAAAAUGCUAAUGAUCUGCAAUGGAGACACAGGUACUAUAACAGCCACUUCAUAAAUAAUAAAUAUAUUCUUUAUUUUACAGA